AUGUCCGCCAAGGCUGUUGACCAAAACCGCCCUUCCACGGCCCAAAUCAUAUCUCCCGGUCAAUCCACGCCUUCAUAUCCAGACGGCGGGUACUUCACUGUGAAAUCCGCGCCUGUAACUAUCAACGCGACCAAAGAUCAAAUACUCAUCGUCCUUCUCCGUCUCAGCGCUUAUCACACAUGGAACAGCUUUAUCCCGUCAGUUACCGACAUUGUUCAUCCUUCGGAGACAACACCGGGAUCAAAUGAGUCGCCACGGGAUCCCGAUUUGGGGAUCGUGGGGUCUUCGUUUACAUUCCAUGUGCGCCUUUUCUCGUCGCUGCCGUUCAUAAAAUUCCCCGCUAAGGAAACGAUAACUACGAUAUCCAAGACCGAAAAUGUAUACAUGGUCUCCUGGCGUACUACGCAGAGUGGUGCCGAACGAGUACAUGUUAUCACCGAGGGGGCGGACGGUUAUGGAACAUGUCGAUAUGAGACUUGGGACACUUUCCAAAAGAAUUUUGGGUCAGUGGUCACACGAUGGGUCUUUGGGCCGGCGCUAAAGGGUGGAUUCAAUGAAUGGUCGGCUGAUUUAAAAAAGGCCGUUGAAGGACAUAAUUGGUAG